CGGUGAUGGUGUUAACUAACGGGGAAACGGUGAUGGUGUUAACUAACGGGGAAAUGGUGGUAGUGUUAACUAACAGGGAAGCGGUGGUAGUGUAAACUAACGGGGAAACAGUGAUGGUGUUAACUAACGGGGAAACGGUGAUGGUGUUAACUAACGGGGCAACGGUGAUGGUGUUAACUAACGGGGAAACGGUGAUGGUGUUAACUAACGGGGAAAUGGUGGUAGUGUUAACUAACAGGGAAACGGUGGUAGUGUUAACUAACGGGGAAACGGUGGUAGUGUUAACUAACGGGGAAACGGUGGUAGUGUUAACUAACAGGGAAACGGUGGUAGUGUUAACUAACGGGGAAACGGUGAUGGUGUUAACUAACGGGGAACCGGUGAUGGUGUUAACUAACGGGGAAACGGUGAUGGUGUUAACUAACGGGGAAACGGUGAUGGUGUUAACUAACGGGGAAACGGUGAUGGUGUUAACUAACGGGGAAACGGUGAUGGUGUUAACUAACGGGGAAACGGUGAUGGUGUUAACUAACGGGGAAACGGUGAUGGUGUUAACUAACGGGGAAACGGUGAUGGUGUUAACUAACGGGGAAACGGAGAUAGUGUUAACUAAUGGGAAAAACUUUAGAAAGUUGAGUGAAGUUCAAUCUUGUGCUUCUCUGCGCAUCAUUUUUUCAGUGUGGUAGUCUGAGGGGAGCUGUGCGCCCACACAGCUUAGAGGGAACAUUGGUCCUGUCCCUCUGUCUGUCUCUCCUCUCUCUCUGUUACCUCCAGAUUUGGACAGGAGCAUGGAGCCCCUCAUCGAGAGGCCAAAGGUUAAACCAGAGGGGUUGCUAGGAGACGCGGAGAACGGCAACAACAACAACAGUCUCUCACAGCCGGACCUGACGACACCUAGCAAGAGCAUUACCUGUCAGCCCCAGGCUCGAUCCACCCACAUCCACCCUGCCCAACCCUGCCUAACACAGCCAACCAGCCAGCCACGAGAUGGAGCCAAGCUUCACACACACGGCCCCAACUGCACGCACGCCCCUCACACCAACGGAGUGAGGAACGGAGGCCCCUGUGAUCGGCCUGCCCCUGGCUCCCUCCCUAAAGCAGCCUCUUCCUCCUCCUCGUCGGGGAUGAAGAACUCCAAGAAGCUCCAGUCCAACCCCUCCAUCACCUCUCAGAGCAGCAAGAGGAGCAAGAGCUCCUCCAAGAGCAACAGCUCCCAGAUACCUACAGAGGUACAGGAAGACUGUUGUGUUCACUGUAUCCUGGCCUGUCUGUUCUGUGAGUUCCUGACUCUGUGUAACAUCGUGUUGGACUGUGCCACCUGUGGUUCGUGUGCGGGGGACGACUCGGCGUGCUUCUGCUGCUGCUGCGCCUCGGAGGAGUGCGGCGACUGUGAGCUGCCAUGUGACAUGGACUGUGGGAUCAUCGACGCGUGCUGCGAGUCUGCAGACUGCCUGGAGAUCUGUAUGGAGUGCUGUGGCCUCUGUUUCUCCUCCUGAGCCUCCCAAACUGCAGUGGGUGAUAUCUCUCUGUCUCACACAGACAAAGCCCAGGCUCAGUAGACAGGGUAGUGGAGGUGCAGGGUCAUUGGCCAAUAUUGAGGACAUAUUGAGAGUUGCCAUUGGUCCAUGUAAGGACAUAUCAUUGGCUUUGACCAAGAUCUAGUGCUGGCAUUGGUCAAUGUUGUUGACAAUCCAUUGGAAUUGACCAAUCAAAGGACAUGGACUACUCUUUGGCUUGUCCUGCUCAUCUCUCUUCUGUGUUGCCUGUUAGUUUGUUAAGGACAAUUAUGGAUAUCUCCCAUUGCUAUGCAGAUGUGUAUACACCAUGCUAGCUGUGCUCCAGCGAUGGUUCUGAACGGCUUCUCUCUCUGGACUUCCUUUGGACCCUCAGUGAUCUGUCUCAGUGAGCUGUCUCUUCUUACAGCAGAACCCCCUGUCUCCAGAGGCUCAGCAGCACAAUGAAUGGAUCUCUCCAUGCAUGAAAAUGACCUCGCAGGCAAAUGAGAAAAUGGCUCCAUUCAACAGGAUUUCAGUGUUUCUGUAGAUAAGACAGCAGAGUAAUAGGAAAAUGGUCGCUCAGAUUGGAGCAGGACCCUAGUUUGUCCUUGGCAAGGUUAAAGUCUUCCAGUUUUAGUGCUAACUGUUUUUCUCAGCGUGCACGGUCCUGUGUGGAGGGUGUGUCUACUGUAGAUGACUAGGACUGGGAGUAGGGGGCUUGGCUACAAACCAAUGGAAACGCGUCAAAACUAACUACGUUUCCAUCCAAAGUGUAUGCGAGUGAAGUCAUACCGUAUUAACAAAAAUCAGGAUAGCUGUGAAGAUUUGUAAAAAAACAAAAAUACAAAAAUGCCGAGGGAUCUUUUUGUGCCGGUAAAAUGUAUUAUGCGAGAAAUGGGGAAGUGAUGAUCGACGCUUGACUGCCAUUUGACAAGUACAAAUAUUCUCCCUCUUAUCCAUAAUAACCGUAUCAUGUAGACGAGCCUACCUGCACGGUAUCUGAGAGCUGGUGGCUGGAGCUCAUCUGCCAAGACCAGAGUUAUUUAACACAGCAGUUUUUGUGACUAAACUAUUGGAGUUGAAAAUGCAAUGGAAACACUUUAGAUUUACUUUAGAUGUUAGAUUUGGAUUUAUAUUUGGUACAUGAAAACUGGAGCGGAAAAGUACAUUUUGUGUCACUGCUUUAUCAGGCACUGAUUUAUAUGCGCAUAUUUUCUUUAUGCGAAUUCUAUAAUAUUUGCAUGAACAUCUGUCUCAAACUGGAUGGAAACCUAGCUACUGCUACAAACAUUUUGUUCCAUAGCCAGCAUUAGCACACCUGAUUCAGCUAAUCGAGAUUUUAUGGUU